AUAUGCUCUAAAUGUGAAAUUGGCAAUUAUUUACUAAUUAGGCGCAUUGUAUAUGUGGUUAUUAGCUAUUAAGGCGCAUGCAUUGUUCAUCAAAUUUACGCUGUGACUUAGAUAUACAAUAAUAAACCUUUACGCAAACAUAGGAAACUAGAGGAUAACCACAGGAUGCCAAGCGAGCCCAGAACGGAUGUGGAGACGCCGUGUGCCGCCACAGGGCUGCUGCCUACCCAGAAGGCAGCGAUCGAAGGCAGCUGGGCGCUUGUCGGAGAGAAUGCCGAGGAGAACGGAGUGGGACUCUUUCUCAGAUUAUUUGAGUCGCACCCUGAUGUACACACCCACUUUGCCAAGCUGCGCUUAGUACCUGUCGAGAAGUUGCGGACACAUCCCACCCUUAUAAACCAUGCUCAGAAAGCCUUAGGGGCUAUCAGUAAACUUGUGGAAAACCUGAAUGAGCCUGCAACCCUGGUUUCAACCAUUCAAGAGCUAGCCAGGGAUCAUAAGAGACGGGGGAUCACUUCAAAAGAUUUUCAGAUAGUGCUGGCCACACUUCAAGACCACCUGGCCUCGGUUUUGGGAGAGAAAUAUGAUGACGUCACUUCAACCGCUUGGAAGCAAUGUUGUGACGUAAUAUGGGCGGUAGUGGACGCAGAAAUAAAACAGACAUGACCAGUUAUCAAAACAGGAAUCGGAAGCAUUGAAAAAUAAAUGUUUGUUUUGUCACAACACUUUGUCAUGUUAAAUACAUGUACAUGGAUUUAACAUUUUUGCACAAUCUAUUCUUAUUAAAGUGUUGCAGCUUGCAUAGUGGUAUUCGAAUGGGCUUCAAUAAACAUGUGUAUAUUUGGUAAACAGGUUCAAUUCAUCAGACUUAAAAAAAAACAUCCUUUCUAAAGACAUCAGGAUGAUGACAAGAUUCAAUCAAUGUUAAAGAAACAAACAGCAUCUGUAACAAUAAUAUCAGCUUGGUUCAGAUGUUUUUUAUUCUGUUUGAC